CGGAUCUUUCCACUCGAAGAAAUUGCCAUCCCCGUAUGCUUAUCAAUAGCGAUCGUUCUGAUCGCCUUCAUUACCCUUUAUUGCUCCAAAAGGAAGAAAGCCCUGUCGGAGCCUCAGGACUUGUAUACCGUCCAGCGUAAAGUGUUCAAUCAUCACAGCUACGAGAUUGACUCAGACUCGGAUAACGAUAGUAUGUUCCAAAGCCGUGAUGGGUCUCCAACAGGUAGCCGAUCCAGCUCGGGAAGACCUAGUCCAACUCGGCCCCUCCCUCUACCGCGUCAAUCAACUGUCCCGCUCUUGCCGCAGAAGCUCCGCCAGGAAGCAUUCCGAAAGCAACGUCAGCUCUCCUUACAGCUUAACCUGACGAACGUCGAGUUCAGUGUCAAGAACAUCAAUUCCACCCGCAAAGACCAAACAGAUCUGAUAGGUACAUUACGUCCAGAGCUUUACCGACAAGAAUCCAAAGACAAGGGGAAGCCUAACGGUGAAAGCAGACCAAACUGUGGCAGAUUGGUUUUCAGCCUUUUCUACGACUACGCAACGGAGACACUGAACGUUCACAUAGAGCGAGCUGUCGGCCUUCCGGCCAAAGACUUCUCAGGAACGUCGGACCCCUACGUGAAGAUUUAUCUAUGCCCCGACCGGAAGCGGAAGUACCAGACCAAAGUUCAUCGGAAAAAUUGUGAUCCUGUUUUCGAUGAGAGAUUUGCCUUUCAAAUACCUUACAACGAGCUGGAGACCAAAACUUUGAAAUUCACCGUCUAUGAUUUCGACCGGUUUUCCAGGCAUGACCUUAUAGGAGAAGUUAAUAUCACCAGUCUUCUUACAGAUAGAGAUCUGAGUAAAGAAACACAAUACGUGGAGGACAUAAUGAAAGGAACGUCGCAAGAAAAGGCGGAUUUAGGCGAGGUGAUGUUUUCACUCAACUACCUGCCUACAGCGUGUCGACUAACUCUCACUGUCAUCAAAGCCCGUAACCUUAAGGCGAUGGAUAUUACCGGUGCCUCAGAUCCUUAUGUUAAAGUGUCCCUAAUGUCGCAAGGCAAACGGAUCAAGAAAAAGAAAACGACGGUGAAAAAGAACACUCUUAACCCCGUAUACAACGAGGCAAUGGUCUUCGACGUCGCACCAGACAGCAUGGAAAAUAUUUGCCUCAUCAUCGCCGUCGUCGAUUACGAUUGGGUUGGCCACAGCGAACUGAUCGGAGUCUGUGAAGUAGGUCCAAACGCACCAGUGCAGGGUGCGGCGCACUGGGCAGACAUGCUGACGAACCCACGUAAACCCAUCGCACAGUGGUAUCAACUGCAAGAAUCGACGCCCGCCCUCUCCGUUGCGUCUUUGUCAGCCGGACUCAAGAACUGUAUGGGAUCAUCCACCCAGAAAUCCUUUGACCAGGAGUGAAUAUGCAGCAGGCUUAUUGGCCCACAUGAAUUAGACGAAUUUCGGAGUGUUACCAAGAUGACUUCUCUAUUGGACAUUAGAUCAGCUCACCUUUUGUGUCAUGGAUGUUGUCUUAGGUUACAGCACGACUAGAAGUUUUGAUCAGCGUGGAUAGUGGAAGAUUAUUCGUCACUUAAACUAGCAGCUCGUAAGCGGGCGCUCUUCAUCUUUAUCACCCCAGGUUCAUUGCAGUUGCAGUAGUUGAGUGGUAAACGAGUUCCAUAUUGGGACGUGAAAUAUCUGCAAAUCCGGCAUCUGUUAUGAAAAUUAUUUUCUUUCUUAGAAAAACAAUAGUGUUUCGCCGAAAAUGAUUCUAUGAGAUUUUGUAUUCAUACUCCCUAUCCCGGCAAAUAUUCGAUGGUAGGCCUUUUUUUGGUCAUUUUUCUGGCAUUUCCUUUUUAAACUCUUAUCUUCUCUCAAAGAGUUUGAGAUUCAAACACAAAGUAAGUAUCAGUUUACUCUUUAAACAAUUUAUUUACACAUUCUAUUGCGACUCAAUUGGCAUAUUAUUCAAAGUUUAGUGAUACAUUGCUUGAAAGCAGCGUAUCAGAAGAACAAAAUUGAAUAAAGUUAAUCAUUCGUCAACUUUUUUAAGUGGAGUUGAUAUAAAACAUUUCAAACACCACGACAAUUGCGUUCUUUCUGUUGUAUGACUUGCAUUAGUGAAGGGAAGUGUUGUGAUGAUGUUGAAUGGAGUACUUGUAAGUGGUCUUUUGAAAAUAAUAGAAAUAGAUCGCAUUGAAAUAAUUUUAAUACAAUUUUUUACUUUGUUAUAACAAUUAAUACUUCGCGUUAGACGUGUUAGAAAUGCAUUCUAGUGUUGAUGUAAAUAAUUUUUACGAUAAAUUUAUGAAGUUAGUUCAUCGGCUUGAACGAUAAUUUCAAGCCUCUUUCAUUCUCUUUCUCACCCUCAAUCUCCCUCUCCCUCUCUCCCCCACUAUUUCUCUAUUACUUCCUGCAUCUCUGUAUGUCUCACUGUCUUUAUCUUAUUCUCUCACAGCACCCCUUCAUUAUUUUUCUUUCUCUCUCUUUGUCCCCCGUUGUCUCUUUCUCUCCCUCUUCGUUGAAGUGUUUAUGAUAUACAUGUACAUACAGCCAUUACAUAAUGUCAAGUGCACAAUUCAUUUCUUAAAGGUGAUUACUUCAAAUGAAAUUGAGCACUCAAGCUUUUAAGCCAUAAUGAUAUCGUAAGGUUUUUUAUACUUCGAGUGAAUAUUGUCUUGAAUGGACUUUGUAAAGUACCUUUUUUACUGAUGGAGAGUAAAUUGUGAUUUUGUAUGAACGUAAAAUGAAUGACAUUUUUUUAAUGUAUGCACGCUUUUUGAUAGCUGUGCACUGUAAAUACGAUACAAAUAUUUAACUUUUUAUUGAUAUUUGAUGGUGCUUUGGCGUCUUUUGUGAAUAUCGUGUGAAAUAAGUUGAUCAACUUUUUGCAAUUCGCUGCUCAACAGAAAAUAAAUUAUUGAUAUACAUUAUUCUUUAUCAUGUCUACAUUUAAAGUAAAAAAGUUAAUUAUUUUUUUUACUACCCAAUCACUCUUCUCAAAUGAAUUACACAACACAACAAAAACUCCAAACUAAUUUAUUGUAUCCUCUGGGUAGUUUUCCGUUUCAUGAUUUAAUUUUCAACAUUGAUGUAUAUAGAAUAACAAUGCUCAUUGAAUAAGGAUACAUCUUUAAGAUAAUUUAAACACCGUUGUUUACUAUGUAAAUCGCACAAUAGUUGUUUAAACAGUUUAAACAAGUGUUUGAAAUCUUAAACAACAAAGUUUAAAGUCAAAUAUGUAAUUAUCAAUCAUUUAAGCAUGGUUGUUUAAGGUUUUAAACACUUGUUAAAACUCUUUAAACAACUACUGUGCGAUUCACAUAGUAAAUAGCGUUGUUUAAAUUCAUUUUUAACAGUUUAUAUCAUAUUCAAAACAUCCAAAGACUGAUUCAAAGUUUGAAUUAGUGAUGCAUUAUUCAUUAUGAGGUAGAUACAUUUCUCUCUUUUGUAAUAUUUCAAUUAGUCAUUUUGUGGCAAAGCACGAUAUUUUUAGGACUACAUACGUAAUUAUGAAUAAUACUUCCACUAUUCAUACCAAUGACAAUCCUAAUGAAGUUAAAAUAAUUAUCAAGAUGAUGAUCAUGAUGAUAUAUGUUAUGCUAACAUAGGUGAUAACGGUUAUAAUGAUAAUAAUGACGACUAAAAUAACCAUCUGCAUAUAGCACUUAAUGAAUGACAAGAAUUCAUAUCAUAUAAACAUUCCUUUAAGGCUAGAAAUCCUUGUUCAUUGAGUGUUUAAUCAAAAUUAAUUAUAAUCAGGAGCCACAACCAAUCCCCCCCAAAAGAAAAAAAAAAUAAUAUAAAAUAAUAAUAGUGAUAACAAUGAUUGCAUUAAUUAAUAGAGUAAUGAUUGCAAGAAUUAUAAUCUAAUUAUAUAUUAAGUCUAUAUGAAUGGUUUAUCGGUAUUAUAUAAUAUAUACCUAUAGAUGAAUUUAGUAGUCACGAACAUUUGAUUUUGACCAGUUAACUGAAUAAAAUGAAUAUCACAAUGAGAAUUAUAAAGGGGAUAGUUGAAUUCAGUCAUUAUUUACUGGAACGUGAAAUUUGCAUGAUUUCGAAAUAUACUACGAAACAUGUACAAUUUGAUGAUACAUUCCACAUUGUUCCCAUUUAGUUGCGUUGUAUUUUACUUUGUCGUGGAACCUUUCCCAAUUUAUAACUUUAUCGACAAUUGAUUGAUACCUUUGAAUACACUUGUUUUAUAACUUGUUAUUGUCUUCUUAUAACACAUUUGAUUGAUAAUGUAAACUGUCUAUACAUAGUUCGUUUUUUAUAAGAUAGCAUUUUCAGAUAAUUAUGCUUUGUUUGGAUUUUGCUCAUUUACUCAAAAUGUAAAUACCCAUUGUGCAAUAUUGAUGUGAACAUGUGAAAAUUAAAUUAUUUUAUUACCGAUUUAUGUACAUAUUUGGAUUUAUACGGAUUAAUAUUUAUUAUAUAUACAUAAUGCUGUCAAUUGCAAUUUGCAAUCGAGAGUAAGAGUUGUAAGUAAAGAUAAAAAGCAAAAUAGCUAUAUUGUCUGUUUUUUGUGGUAAGAUUUGACAAAGGUUGAUAUUGACUAGUUGUCCUGUAAAUGUGUCAUUUUGGAUAAUAAAGAUUUGUUUACGCAUUUCAAUUGCAUAAACUGUGAA